GAGCCUGGGAAGGUGGCGUCUUAGGCGGCCGGAGGCUGAAGCGGCCGGAGCCUGGGCCCGGCCGGUAGGCGGGGAGGCGCGACCUUUGGAACAUUUCAUCAUGUAGUGACACUUGUGCAACUGAUAAAACUAACAAAAAUUAAACAGCGGUCCAGCUGAAGAAUUAGUACUACAAAGAAAACCUGAUGAGCCCCCUCCAGGCUGUCCCAAGGAGAUUCAUUCCCCAGCUGUUCUGUGGACUGAAGUCUCCAGCCUAUACGAGAACCAAGAUUCACCUAACAAUGACUCGUCCAAGUUCAGAUAUGGCCGAUUUUCGAAAGUUUUUUGCGAAAGCAAAGCACAUAGUCAUCCUGUCAGGGGCUGGCGUUAGUGCUGAAAGUGGGGUUCCGACUUUCAGAGGAGCUGGAGGUUAUUGGCGAAAAUGGCAAGCUCAGGACCUGGCCACUCCUCAUGCCUUUGCACGGAACCCGUCCCAGGUGUGGGAGUUCUACCACUACCGGCGGGAGGUCAUGCUGACCAAGGACCCCAACCCCGGGCACCUCGCUAUCGCUGAGUGCGAGGCCCGGCUGCACAAGCAGGGCCGACGGGUCAUGGUCAUCACCCAGAAUAUUGACGAGCUGCACCGAAAGGCUGGCACCAAGAACCUUCUGGAAAUCCACGGUAGCUUAUUUAAAACUCGAUGCACCUCUUGUGGAACUGUGGCUCAGAAUUACAAGAGUCCAAUUUGUCCAGCUUUAGCAGGAAAGGGUGCUCCAGAACCUGAAGCUCAAGAUGCUGGAAUUCCAGUUGAGAAACUUCCCCGGUGUGAAGAGGCAGGCUGCGGGGGCCUGCUGCGACCUCAUGUAGUGUGGUUCGGAGAAAACCUGGACCCUGAUGUUCUGGAGGCGGUUGACAGAGAGCUGGCCCUCUGUGACCUGUGUCUGGUGGUGGGCACCUCCUCUGUGGUUUAUCCUGCUGCCAUGUUUGCCCCCCAGGUGUCGGCCAGAGGAGUCCCAGUGGCGGAAUUUAACAUGGAAAUGACCCCAGCCACGAACAGAUUCAGGAAUAAAGAAGACCUAAAUAUAUGGAAGGACAUCAGGCGUGCAUGGAUUGGACAACUUAGUAUCAUUUCGGUGGCAACAGUCCCCACGUUGAUAGAGUCACACAGGCUCUAUCAAAACUGCAGCUGGCUUCUUUGUUGAAAUGGACAAGGCCCCGCUGAAAGGCAUAUGAAAAUGAAUGAACAGACAAAGCAGAAAGAAGAACAGAGCUGGGAAACUUAACGCUUCUCAAUUUCAGAGCUUAGUACAAAGUUACAGUAACUUCAACAGCGUGGAACUGUCACAAGCAGGCACAUAUAGGUUAUAGAAUCAAAUUUAAAUUCCAGAAGGAAACCCUCACAUUUCUGGUCGGUUGACACCAAGAUGACCCAGUGAGGGAAAUCAGAAUCUUUGCAGCAGCAGUGCCGAGACAGCCGGAGGGGCACAUGUAAAAGAACGAAGCCGAACCCUUCGUGGUGUCCCGUACAAAAAUGAACAUAAAAUGCUUCAUGGACCUAAAUGUAAGAGCUACAACUACACAAUUUUCAUACCAUCAGAGUCAAUGUUUAUGACUUUGGAUUAGUUAAAAGCCCUCCUCUAUCAAAGGCACAAGUAACAGAAAAACAAAUAGGUUGGAAUUCAUCAAAAUGUAAAACUUUUAUACUUAGAGACCAAAAUAAGGAAGGAGAAAGACAACACACAGAGUAGCAGAAGAUAUCUGCAAGUCUAGUAUUUGAUAAGGGACUUAUAUCUAGAAUCUGUGAAGAAUUUUCACAACGCAAUAAUAAAAAGACAACUCAAUUUAAAAAAUGUGCCAACCCCUCAAAUACACAUUUCUCCAAAUAGAUGUGCAUUUGCAAUACAAGCACAUGGAAAACAUUUUCAUCCUUAAUCACUAAGGAAAUGUACAUCAAAACCACACAAGAUGCCAUUUCAUAACCACUAGCCUGGCUGCAGUAAUAAUAAAAAAAAGAACAACAGGAAACAAGAGCUGGUGUAGAAACCGGCCCCCUCCACAUGGCUGGUAGAAAAGCAGAGGUGCCGCUGCUGUGGAAGCAGCCUGCAGUUCCUCAAAUGGUUCAAUACAGAGUUACCUUACAAACCAGCAGUUCCCUCCUCAGCAUGCGUGUCACCAAGAGAGAUGCAAAUGUGUCCAUGGAUGUUCACAGAGCAUAUAUCAUAUAUACCAUCAUCAUAAAAAAGUAAAAACAGCACAAAUGUCCAUCAAUUGAUGAUGAAUCAACAAAAUUUGGUUUAUUCUUACAAUGGAGCAUUACUCAGCCAGGAAGAGAUAAGGUUACUGAUGCGUGCUGAGCGUGGGCGGCCCUUGGAAACAGUGCAGGGACACCCAGACCAACCAGGCAACUCUAUAGAGACUGCGGAUGGGUUAGUGGUUGUCUAGUGCUGGAGCCGGGAGGACGAGGAAGUGACUGCUGAUGGGUAUAAAUGUCCUUGUGGGUGCUGAAAAUGUUUAUUGCAGUGGUUGUACAACUCUGCAAAUAAACUAAAAAUACCAUUACAUGAUAUUACAUCUUAAGUGAGUAAAUUAUGUGCAUUAUAACUCAAUAAAACUUA